AUGAUUUCGUUAAAAGUUUGGAUGUGUUUGGUUGUCGUGUCCAGUGCGCGCGCACGGUCCGCGCCGCCCGCCCCCACCGGCUGUCAGUGGGACUAUUCGGACGCAAAGUUGAGUGACUCAAACUUUCUCACGUGUAACAUCAAAACGAUUGGCUCUGUAGACUUCUUGUUUAAAAACAUUACCACAGCGCAGGCGUACAACAUCAACAAGUUAAAACUGACGUGCACGGAUUUGCUGUUCUUCGAGAGUUCUUUACACAUGAACACUGGUAGUUUUUUGGGCCAACUAAGGAAACUUGAAGACUUGCGCAUUGAUUACUGCAAAAUCCGUUACGUUCCUGCGACUGUUCUAUCUCCGCUACGUGAUUUAACAAGUUUAAGUCUACGCUCUUAUAACACGGAUUGGCCUGCAAUGACUAUGGAAUUUCACGCUGAAAGUUUUCGUGGACUGAUGGAGCUUCGGACGUUAGAUUUAGGAGAUAAUAAUAUUUACAUGCUGCCUUCAGAAGUGUUUUGUCCGCUUUUUAGUUUAGAGGUAUUGAAUCUAACAAAUAACAGAAUACAAGACAUUUCAGAAAUCGGAUUCUCGGACUGGGGUAAAGGUCCUAUUGCCCCAGGUAAAUCAUGUAACACAGGACUUAAAAUGCUUGAUUUGUCGCACAACAAUAUUUUACGUCUUCCGGAUAACGGCCUUUCUAGCUUAAGAUCAUUAGAAGUAUUGAAUAUUCAGAACAACCUUAUUAAUGAAAUAGGUGACAGAGCCUUAGUCGGAUUGAAUUCAUUAAAAAUUCUGAAUUUAUCUGGCAAUAAGUUAGUCGCUGUCCCUCCGGAACUAUUUCAAUCAUCACGAGUUAUUAAAGAAAUCUCAUUAGCGAAUAAUUCUCUGUCUGUGUUGGCCCCGGGAUUACUCGAAGGACUUGAUCAACUUGAAAAAUUGGAUUUAACAAGGAAUCGUCUUACAAACGACUGGGUUAACAGAGAUACGUUUGCUGGUCUCAUUCGCCUAGUUAUUUUGAAUUUAUCAUACAAUUCACUUGCGCGCUUAGAUCCUAAGUCUUUUCACGACUUAAAUAAUCUACAAGUGCUGAAUCUAGAUAACAAUAUAAUCGAAACUAUCAGUAACGGGGCAUUUGCUGAGCUUAAGAACUUACAUCAAUUGUCUAUAUCAGAAAAUAGAAUUAAGGCGCUAAAUGAACAUAUCUUUUCAAACUUAUUUGUACUUAGUCAGCUGUAUUUGGACAAUAAUCUAAUUUCUACAAUCCAUGAUCGUUGUUUUGAAAAUAUUACUUAUUUACAAGACUUAGGUUUGAAUGGAAAUAACUUAAAGAUUAUACCCGACGGCAUAAAGAAACUUAGAUUUUUGAAAUCACUUGAUAUAGGCAAAAAUAAUAUAUCAAAAAUAUCAAAUUCUUCUUUUGAAGGGCUAGAAGAGCUAUACGGUUUACGGCUUGUUGAUAAUCAGAUAACAAAAAUACCUAAGGAUACAUUUAGCACUCUGCCCUCUUUACAAGUGUUAAAUUUGGCUUCAAACAAAAUUGAAACCAUUGAACAAGAUGCAUUUUUAUCUAAUCCGACGUUAAAAGCUAUCCGUUUAGACGGAAACAAACUAACCGACAUCCAAGGCGUCUUUAGUAAACUUAAUACCCUUGGAUGGCUCAACAUUUCGGACAACAAGCUUAUUUACUUUGACUUUAGCUACAUGCCAGAAAGUCUUGAAUGGUUAGAUAUUCAUAAAAACAAUUUAAGUAAACUUGAAAAUGAACACAGCGCUCAGCAAAAUAUUCGUAUGCUCGACGUCAGUUCCAAUACAUUGGAAAUCAUCGAUGAAAGGUCGAUACCUGAUUCCAUUGAAGUCCUUUUCUUAAAUAACAAUAAAAUUCACACGAUUCAGCCAGGUACAUUCUUACAAAAAAGAAAUUUAGAAAAAGUUAUCCUGACGGAUAAUAAAUUACGCACUGUUGAGUUAUCUGCGUUUACACUGCCCCAUAUACCAAAGCAUAGAAUGUUACCAAAAUUUUUUAUUGCAAAUAAUCCAUUUGUUUGCAAUUGUCACAUGAUUUGGUUGCAAAAGAUAAAUUUAUGGAACCAUAUGAGGCAAUAUCCUAGAUUUAUGGACUUAGAUACAGUAAAAUGUGAAGUUGUGAAUAACAAGUAUGGUGGGAGAGCUAAUUUAAUGGAUGUUCCUGAAACACAGUUUCUUUGUUCUUAUGAAACCCACUGCUCAUCUAGUUGCUUCUGUUGCGAUUUUGAAGCUUGUGAUUGUAAGAUGACAUGCCCUGAAGGAUGCUCUUGUUACCACGACAGUAAUUGGAAUUCAAAUGUAAUUGAUUGUUCUAACGUCGGUUACGCAGAAGUACCUGAAAAGAUUCCGAUGGAUGCUACAGAGCUUUAUCUCGAUGGCAAUGAUUUCCGCGCCUUAGGCAGUCAUCUUUUUAUCGGUAAAAAGAAGUUACACAAGCUUUACCUAAAUAACAGUAACAUUGCAACUCUCGAUAAUGACACUUUAAAUGGGUUACACUCCUUAAAUGUUCUUCACCUUGAAAACAACCACCUAACUGAACUCUCUGGUGGUGAGUUCGCACAAACAAAGCACUUAAGAGAGUUAUAUAUGAAUGAUAAUCUUUUAACAAGUGUUGCAAACAAGACUUUUGAAAAUCUGUCAUCUUUGAGAGUUGCUCACUUCCAAGGAAACAAGAUAAUUGAUCUUGACAAAAAGGUAGCACAUAUCUUAAAUUUGGAAACCAUCAACGUUCAAGGCAACUUAUUUACAUGCGAGUGUGAAAAUGUUGUUUCUCUUCAAAAUUGGUUUAAAAAGUACUAUGAGGAUCCUAUCGAAAUGUAUUGUGCAAGUGAAAAUGGACUUUUAUCGAACUUAACCGUGUUUGAUGCUAUUGUCAAGUGCCGUGAAUUCAGUGUAACAGACAAUACUAUUCCUACUGAAAACCAACCGUACCAGUAUGAUGAAGUCAGCCCAAUUAAACUAAACUUUGUGCCACUUUUAGCCGUAGUUUUAAUAAGUGUUAUUCUUAUCCUCUUAUUUGGUGCCUUAGCUUUUUCAUUUAGACAAAAUGUACGUUUAUGGGCUCAUUCUAGAUAUGGAGUAAGGUUGUUCAAAAGUGCUUCAAUUCAAGAGAGUGAGUUGGAUAGGGAUAGAUUAUAUGAUGGAUAUGCUGUGUACAGUUUGUUGGACGAUGAUUUUGUAUCGAAAGUUGUAGCGCCAGAAAUGGAACAAUCUGGGUACACGAUGUGUUUUCACUAUAGGGAUUUGCAGCAUGUUCCCGAAAAUUACUUAUCCGAACAAAUCACAAAUGCUGCUGAAUCAUCUAAAAGAAUGUUAGUCUUUGUAUCAUUUAAUUUUCUACAAAAUGAGUGGUCCAAAGUUACGUUUAAAGCAGCUAUGAAACAUGUGAUAACUUCUAUUCAUCCCUCUAUAAGGCGGCAUAGAGUAGUUUUUAUUUUAACAACAGAUAUUAGCGCAUUAAAUUUAGAUCUUGAUUUUCAAAACUAUUUGAAAACCUGCAAUGUCUUAUUAUGGGGUGAAAAAAAGUUUUGGGAAAAAAUUCGAUUUGUAAUGCCAGACAUUUCUAAUUUACAUUGGAACAAAGAUACAAUGAGUUACAAUCAUGGCGUUUGCCCAAAUGGCAGACGACAUCCAUCUAGAUAUACGGCUUCGCCGACUGCGCCUGAACACUGGUAUAAAUACGAUGCGAUACCGCCACAGACGUCUUCUACUGCUAAUGUAGGUGUAAUUAUUGAAGAUGACUCGUCAAUGUUGACAAACACAACAUUGACCAGUCAGAUUCAAGAUGGAGAAAAUUUACAUCAUAGUUAUAUAUCCAUUGAUGUACAAAAUUAUGAACAGCCGUAUGGUGGCAGGCCUAGACCUCCUCAUACAUUGCGUAAACAUCCCGGCCACCAGUCUCCUUCAAUGUUGGAUGACCAAGGUUACUUGCAACCCCGAUCGUCUGUGCACGAUUGCUUGCCACAAACUCAUUCAGCUGCGAACAGAUGA